AUGCGGUCAGUGACGUGUUGCUGGCAGCCUAUAAAAGAGCCGCGCAGCUAUUCGAUUCAACAUUCAGUGAAAACAAAAUCUUGAGUAACGUUGUCAGUUGUCACUGCGACAAAAUUCCCUGUGAUUUCAUUAUUUACAAAUAUCCAAACGUAAAUAUGUCCGAAGCCUUCUUUGACGAGUACGACUACUACAACUUCGACCACGACAAGCAUAUCUUCUCUGGACACAGCGGCAAGCAGCGCACUAAGAAGGAGGUCAACGAGCACACCAACCACUUCGACCCCUCGGGCCACUCCAGAAAAAUCGUCACCAAGCUGAUGAACACAGAGAACAACAAGAAGUCAAACAAACAUUAGAUGGAGUAUUGACUUAAUGACUAUGGCUUGCAAACGGAUUAUCGAGAUGCCGAGCGAAAGGAGGACAUUAUGGCGGAUACCGGAGGAGAGCUCCGGCCGCUACUCGUCUCAGAGAUCAAUGGAGCAUCCAAGGCGUUUCCUGCUGACGCAGGGCUUCUACCUGGCGCACCACACUAGCAGGCUACGGUGCAGAGCGAGAGCGCAGCGCCCCCGGUGAGCGACGAGCUCCGACACUUGGACUAACAUCGUUCCACCACUGAUCUCAACUCUUAUUAUUAUUUGAGCUUGUUGUAAAGCUCACAACUGCUGUGUUAUUAUUCCUAGUUAGAUUAUUAUGAUUCUGUAUCUUUCCGGAGGUAGAUACUUCAAGGACUGUAAUAAUUUAAGGCAAAUAAAAAUUAUAGUUUAAGAUUA